UGAUUUGGGUUUUUAAAGAUUUAAUCAACAUCUUUAUAUUUCAGAAGAAUUUUGAACAAUUUUCACCUGAACAUCUUAAGGGAACUGUAACAUUUUUCAUGUUUUGACAAGUCUAUCCUUUUAAGACAUCUGCUAUUUGAAAGUGCUGUUCAAAAGUCAACUCAUUUCGAAAGCAGCUCUGAGGACCGGAACCGGAAAUGACAGCCAUUACAGCUUUACAUGUUUCUGAAAUAAUACAAUCCACCACUUUAGCUUUCACGAACGCUACUGGUUCAUCAAAUACGACCGAUGUCGGAACAGAGUUGUCCGUGCUACUUCCGGCGUUAUGGAGUGUACUUAUCGUCGUUGGAACUGUGGGGAAUGGACUAGUUAUUUAUACUGUCGGAAAGAAUGGUGAGAUGACAGCGACAAAUUGUUACGUCCUAAAUUUGGCAGUUGCAGAUUUGUUGUUCCUUGUGGUAGUCGUACCGUUUACGACCAUUGGAUUUGCUACACUGGACUGGAUAUUUGGAGACGCCAUCUGUAAGAUAUACGUCUAUAUGAUUUAUGUAACAAUGCAUGCUACAUGUUUAACCUUGACCGCAAUGACCGUUGACCGUUACCAUGCCAUCGUGCAUCCUGUCAGCUCCAUGAACUGGCGUUCGAGGAGAGCGUCAAGCAUCGUCAGCAUUAUUGUAUGGGCAAUUUCCCUGCUGAUAUCGUUACCCUUCGCUAUUUACCAUGGAACGGUCAAUAAUUUGAAUGCCAACCAGGACGUGUACUGUGCUGAGAUAUAUCCCAACGUCACUUUUGGCAACAUCUUAUCUGUGGGCGUAAUCAUUACAACGUACGUGUUCCCGUUAAGUGUUAUCAUCAUAUGCUACUACAGUAUUCUCAAAUACAUCUGGAAUGGUCGGACUCAGCGUCGCAGCAGCUUCAAGCACGAGGAAGACUGCAAUGGAUCAACUCCUUUAUCGAGUGAAUCGCAGGUCAGACGAAGGAAACGCGUAGCUCGUAUGGUGGCGGUUGUAGUUCUCUUAUUUGCUACGUUCUGGUUUCCAAUCCACGUCUACAAUUUCUGUCGUAAAUUCCUCCCGAUUCCUAGAACUUCUAUCAUGUAUGGUGUUAAAAUAUUUGCUCAUACUUUGUCCUAUGCAAAUUCGUGUGUAAAUCCAUUUGUGUAUGCAUUUUUGAAUGACGGGUUUAAGAAAGCGUUCGCCAAGACAUUUCCUAGCCUGUACCCAUGGUGCCCGUGCAUGCGAAUGGUCAGUGAUGAACGCCAGACACAAGUAACCGGUAUGGUCGACCAGGCCAUCCAGGCAAAUACGGAAGAAGACAAUGACGUCACUAAAGCGGAGGUUGUACCAAUGACGCGUGUCCAACCUCAGACAGAUUUAUGACUAUGUGGAUUCUAGAUUUAUUAUUAGAUACAUGUUCAUGUGCUCAAUUUUGACAGUAGGUGUUAUUAAAAGAACAGUUAAUAUUAAAUAUAAUUAUGACAGAAGUAUCGGUUUCCGGGUAAUUUGCAGGGCCAUCAUAUAUUUUCAAAAGAAUGUACAAGUAACCUUGACAACUAUGGCACUGUCAUGCUGUUGAAUACGAAUCAUAUAUGUAUAUAUGCAUAGUUAAUUUUAAUUUCUUUCUGGUUUCAUUCAUACAAAUAUCUCAUAGAGAAUACAUGUUGUGUGGUCUCUUUGAGUAUAAGAUUGAACUACAAACAUCCAUAUAAACUUAUGAUUUUAUGCGGUAAUGUAUGUGUACGUAUGUGUACGUAUGUGUACGUAACACAUACGUAUGUGUACGUAUGUGUGUGAUGGUAAAUAAAUACUUCAUUUGAGUGCACUCGUGAAAUUUGUGUACUUAUUCAAUAUUUCUGUAGGCAACUUAACGUCGCCGUUUAAAAUCUUACACUUGAGUUUAGAUAUAUGUAUACUGGCAAUGAGAAAACGGGUUGUACUAAAAGGUGUAUAGUCAUUUGAAUACAGAAAUGGACGAAAGUAAACAUUUGUUAAACAAAAUUAAAAGAUAAUAGUAUGUAUAUAUAACACAAUAUCUUUACUCACAAUGGUGAGACAGUUAUUCGUGAGCUAUAAAGUACACCUAAUAGCAAAUCCACUUUGACGUGCUUUCGUGUUGGUCUACUGGUGGCGUUUUUAUUUACAUUUUUUUAAAGUUUUACUAAGACGAUUAACAUCUAUAUGAAAAGUGUCUCUCAUGGAAUAGAUGAAGAUGGAAAAACAGAUUUUAUACGCAGUAAUAUAUGUAGGAAAGAUGUUGGAGAAUCUAUGUGGUUGCAAUUUGAUACUUUGGUUGAGAUAUAUAAGAAAUAUAUUAUCUCUUUCCUUAACAACUACAUUUUAGUCAUAACCUUACACUAUUAAUAUGAUGUUUUAUUUUUCUUUCAUUAUUGAUGAUGUAAAAUGUUGUAAAUAAAUAAUUAUUUGUUAUUUUCCCUUCUUAAAUAUUCUUAGCCGUUGUUAUAACGAUAAAAACAAUGCUACUCAAAAAUCUGUUUAAAUAUGCAUAACACUGAUUAGACAGCAUCUCCUUCAAAAUCAAUUCGCUAUCAAAAUCAACAAAUAUUUAUCGCAAUAUGUUACGGUAUAAGUAGCAUUUUUCGAAAAAUAUAUUGUAACAUUGCCCGUAUAUAGACAUCAAAAUGUAAAAUGGCUGAGCAUUUUUUAAACCCGUAAUAUUGAAAGUAUCUGUUGAUUUUAUUGGACGCAUUUGCUUGUAAAUAUUUUCAAAUGAAGUUUUCAAUUCGAACUCGCCUAAAGUCUAUCGUAUUCCAUUUUAACUGUUGUACAUUUUAAUGUUACUUAACAUUCACAUGUUGGUAUUGUGUGUAUUUAUCAUAUCCGAAAUAAAAUGACGUCCAUAUAAGUA